CCGAGUUCGUUGCAGAAACUUCAAAAAUCUCCAAAAAAGGGGAAUAUUGAGGAAAAAGUUAGGCAAAAAGGUGUUCGGAGUGUUUUGUUGGGUCCACCGGGUUCAGGCAAAGGUACAGCUGCACCAGUUCUUGCCAAGAAAUUUUGUAUAUGCCAUUUAGCGACAGGCGAUUUAUUACGUACUGAAGUAGCGUCUGGAUCCGAACUUGGACGAUCACUUAAAAAAACAAUGGAUGAAGGCACUUUAGUUUCGGACGAUAUAGUUUGUACGUUGAUCGAUGCAAAUCUUGAUAAACCAGAAUGUGCAAACGGUUUCUUACUUGAUGGCUUCCCACGAACGGUCGCUCAAGCUGAAAAGCUUGAUAUGCUUUUGGAAAGACGUGAAAAACCAUUAAAUGCAGUAAUCGAAUUCGCUGUCGAGGACUCGUUGCUUAUUCGCCGUAUAACUGGCCGCCUUUUCCAUCGAGAAAGCGGUCGUUCAUAUCACAUCGAAUUCAAUCCGCCUAAGAAAGCAAUGACGGAUGAUGUUACUGGAGAACCACUAAUUCGUCGAUCAGAUGAUAAUGAAGAAACAUUGCGCAAAAGGCUUAUUACCUAUUAUCAACAGACACUUCCUCUGAUCGAUUAUUAUUCAAAACGUGGACUGCAUACUAAAAUUGAUGCCUCAAAAGCGAUCGAUGAAGUUGCUUCGGAAAUCGCCAAAAUUUUUGAACGAUAUCUUAAUUAG